AUGGAAGAGAGAAAAUUUAAACCUACUUUUGCUACCCAAGCAAAUUAUCAAGAAUUAGCAAGAAGAUUAAAAGAAGAGAUAAAUCCGCUUUUAUCUUCCUUAACUUCUCAAUUUUCCUCGCUUUCUUCGGUUAGCGAACUCAAUACUCUAACUGAAACUUUAUUAAGGCAACAGUUAGGAAUUACUAAUCAUCAGAAAUUUACCGGACAAAAGACUGGUAACCAAUCACUUAAUGCUCAAUGA